AUUAUGACAUCUUUAAUUGAUCUUUCGAAUAUUUCGAGUAGAUUUAUUUCGAUUCCUUCCAUAAAUUGUUUACCAUAACGAAUUAAUUCCACAAAAAAUUAUAAACAUCUAUAAUUUUACGUAAAAAUAUAAACGGUGUUCUUUUAAGUCGACAAUGGCAACUCCUGAAUUACGUGAAACCAUUGAUCAGUGGUUAAAGUGGGAUCAGUGCGAAAAAACUCGCUCUGAAAUUGAGGCACUAGAUCAGGCUGGUGAUUGGAAAAAAUUAAAUGAGCUUUUACAAACGCGUUUAGCAUUUGGUACUGCCGGCCUGCGGGGUAAAAUGCGAGCAGGUUUUAAUGGUAUGAACGAUCUAGUCAUAGCACAGACAGCCCAAGGCUUGUCAACUUAUAUGUCGGAGCAAUUUAGCCAUAGCGAUCGAAAAACACGCGGUAUUGUUUUCGGCUUUGAUGGACGGCAUAACAGCAAAAGAUUUGCUGAGCUCUCGGCAAAUAUUUUUAUUCGUGCCGGCUUUAAGGUUUACCUUUAUAGGUGUUUGGUGGCAACACCUUUGGUACCUUACACCAUAUGCCAUUUCAACUGUUUAGGUGGUGUAAUGGUAACAGCUUCUCAUAAUCCUAAAGAUGAUAAUGGCUACAAAGUAUAUUGGAGUAAUGGGGCACAAAUUAUAUCGCCACAUGACAAAAACAUACAGAAAGCUAUACUUUGUAAUCUUGAACCUAGAGAAUGUAGUUGGGAUACAGCGAAUUUAUAUGAGGCUGAACUUCUUUUUGAUCCAAAAGAGGCUAUUGUUGCUUAUGUCGAUAAAUUACGUGACACUUUGCCGUCGUCCAUCAUUGAAGGCAAUAGUCAAAGAAACUUACGUGUGGUAUAUACUGCUAUGCAUGGCGUAGGUUUUCCUUUUAUACGGGACACUUUCGCAUCCAUCAAAUUGCAGCCAGUUAUUGCUGUUGAAGAACAGAAGGAUGCAGAUCCAGACUUUCCAACUGUAUUAUUUCCAAAUCCAGAAGAAGGAAAAAGCGCUUUAGAAUUGUCGAUAAAGAAGGCAGAAAGCACUGGUUCUUCCAUCAUCCUUGCCAACGAUCCUGAUGCUGAUCGAUUGGCUUUGGCUACAAAAAAUGCAAAUACCGGUAAAUGGAAGGUCUAUACCGGCAAUGAAAUUGGAGCACUACUUGGCUGGUGGGCUAUAUAUCUAUAUAAACAAACACACCCAGAGGGUGAUCUCUCCAAUUGCUACAUGCUUGCUAGUACUGUUAGCUCCAAAAUAUUAAGAGCAUUUGCAAAACAGCACAAUUUCCAUUUCAUUGAGACCUUAACGGGUUUUAAAUGGAUGGGAAAUGAAACAGAUAAAUUGAUAAAAAAUGGAAAAACCGUGUUAUUUGCCUUCGAAGAAGCUAUCGGCUUUAUGUUCUCUACAAAUGUCUUGGAUAAAGAUGGAGUAAGUGCGGCAUGCCAUCUUGCCUCAAUGGCAUGCUAUCUCCAAUCGAAAGAAGAAAUUUCAUUAGACGAAAAGUUGCAAAAUAUAUACAUAGAAUACGGUUUCCAUUACAAUAAUUCUUCUUACUACUUUUGUUACGAGCCAAAUGUUAUAAAAAAGAUUUUCGAACGUUUGCGUAAUUUCUCUGGCGAAUCAAAAACAUACCCACCUUCAAUACUCGAGGGAAAGUAUAAAAUUAAAAACAUACGCGAUUUGACCAACGGUGUUGAUACCGCGCAAGCUGAUGGUAAGGCCAUUUUACCAGUUAGUGCAAGUAGCCAAAUGAUUACUUUUACAUUUGAGAAUGGAUUGGUCAUAACGUUGCGCACAAGUGGCACUGAACCCAAAAUCAAGUAUUAUGCCGAAAUGUGUGCACAACCAGGCCAAACAGAUUUUGAUGGUCUAAUUAAUACCACAAAUGAGAUGGUGUCAGGAAUUGUACAAGAGUUUUUGCAGCCAAAUGAGAAUAACCUGACUCCUAAAUCUGAUUAAAUGUUACCAUACAUACCAGCAGAAAAUUUAUAUAACAUAAAGUAUUGCUACUUUCAUUUACACUUGAGCCUGGAGCGAGUGGUCAUGGGCGUUCAAAACAAAUGGCUUCUCAGGUUUUACAUCAUCAAUUGAAUCAUCAUCAUGAAAUAACAAAUCAUUCCGCAUAAUGUGAUUAAAGGCAACAUAAAUUUUUACAUCAGCAGUAAAAUAAUUCGGGAAUGUACGAAAUCUCUUCAAAGCCGUUCCUUUGUUAUAUAAUUUGAUAUAAUCUUUAUUACUGCUACAUAUGUACAGACUAACAUAGAAUAUUGUUGUUGAAAUAGUACGAUUUUAUUUACUAUUAGUUAUUUUUGAGAAUUUUGUUUUAUUUUAUUUGUCAUAGACAAAUUAUUAUAGAACCGAUUAGGUGUAACUAUUACCUUUUAUGUAUAUUGAAUUACCAAAGUUUCCUUUUUUAUCUAAAACAUUACGGGACAAAAAUAAAGUGUAUCGUUGUGAAACGUUUAA